AUGGAAUUUGAUGAAGUGAAUGAACGGCUUAACAAUAGGAAAACGACUGUAACAGAUUCUACAGUCAAUAACAAUAUAUCCUCAUUUAGCAAUCCAUUUAAUUCUAUAUUAUCAUUUCAACAGCCAGUAGUGACUACCACCAGAAAACCUUCACUCUCAAGUUUUGUUCAUAAACUUAAACAACAAUCAAGUAAAACAAGAUUUAUAAGAGACUAUAAAAGAAUAAUCACUGAUAAUAAUGAAGAGGGUUCUUUUGUUAAAGAUGAUGAUGAUGAUGCUUCAUUGCGUAUCAUUGAUCCUAUUCGAGAUACAUCAAAUCAUCAUGUAGAAAUUGCUCAAUCUGAUAAUAAAAAGGAGGAGAGUAAAAUAAAGAAAAGAGUUCAUAUCAAUGAAAAUGCAAAUCAAAUUCAAUCAUUAGAAAAGAAUCCAUCCUUUAUUAGUAAUAUUAGUUUCAAUGAACCACCAAAGGGAGACUUGACGAUAGACCGCUUUAUAUCUUUGGAUGAAGCCGUUUAUUUUAUGAAGAAUAAUAUAGAAUCAAUACAAGAUGAAAUAGAAAGGGAAAUGAUAAAAAUUCGACUCAAACAGGAAGAGAUCAUAAGAUAUACAGAUGAUCUCGACUUUAUACAGUCACAGCUAGAGAGUCUUCAAUAUACAUUAACUACAAAUAAAGAUCUAUUAUUGCGAGAUAUGGUCCUUCAACGAGAAAGUUCUCUAGUAAAGAAUGAGAUGAAAAUCAAAGCAAAUAAAAAAAGAUAUUAUUUACAAAUACAACGACUUUUAAAAUAUUAUAAUCGAAAUAAUACUAUCAUUGAUAACGUUGACAGAUGUCUUGUUCAAUUAGAAAGAAAGAUUAAAAAUACUUAUAAAAGAGAUGAAGUAUGGACAAGUAUUAGAGAUUGGGGCUUUUUAACUGUCUUAUUAUUUUCGCUUAUUAUUAUGACUUUUCUUGUAUGGUAUUCUGGAGGUUAUUAA